AUGCUAGGGAAGAUUGAGAAAGAAGAAGAUUAUCCUCAGCUGUUUGAAAACACCAAAAAAGCACAAAUUCUGACGCACAGAGUAAAGUGCAUCCCUUACGAAUGUGGGACAUUGGCUAUAGAACAGUACCAGGAGCUUCUGUUUGAAGGUCCAUUUCAGUUACCGUUUUCUUCCAAUAUCUCUCUGCACAACUUUAAUUAUGAUACUUUGUAUUUCAAAGUAGAAACCUCAACAACUAAUUUGUCGGUCUUUCCACGCAAAGGCGCAGUAAACGAAAAUGGCAGCACGAAUUUGAUCGUAAUUCGGAAACCACUAACUUUAACCGCUUCCAAUGCCAUCAACGAAACAAUUACAAUAUGGGAAUCCACGUCCAAUGAUGCACUUGGGCAGGGGUACCCUGGCCAGACAAAGCUCACCACAAUCAAAUGUGUGUAUAACACUCCAAAAACAACGUCGUCCAUAACUGAUUGCCAACGAUCAGUAAGCGAUUUACGGAAUGUCGAUUGA